CUGGGUCACGUGAUCAGAGCUUUGCGGAAAAACGAAAAUGGCAGGAUCGAGGUGCUCAAUAAUGGCCUUUCUUGCCCUUUUCUUCACCCUUUUCUCCGCAGGGAGCUCCGUUGCUCAAGUGCCACUCCUGAUGUGGUCCAGUGACGGUUUACCACCACUGGCCUCACCUGCAGCUGGUCACAUCACGUCCAAAGACCAGCUGACUGCCUACCUUACCUCUGCCUUUGGCUCUGGCCCGCACACUGUGCUGUUGUUCCUGCAGGAUAAGUUAAGCAAAGAUGACUUCACAGUCUUUGGUGGAGUGUUUGGAAACAAGCAGGAUAGUGCCUUUCAAAAUCUUGAGGCUGCACUGCAGUCUUCUUCCUCAUCAGUGACGUUCCCUGCUUUAGAGUGGUCUGAUUCCUCUGCCAUCCUCUCUCUGCUGCAAGAGAAGCUGGGUGCAUCGCCUCUGCUUGUAGACGCAGACACUCUGUCACAUCUCAGCAUCAACACAUCUGCCAGCAAUCUCCUGCUCAUCAAUCUUCCUUACUGUACUGACUUGGACAAGUCUUGCAAAGAAGUCCUACAUGACAAUGAUGAAAUUAUUGGGAAUGUGCUGAGUAUCAUGAAAGACAAAAAUAUCCUAUACACAGCGAUAUACACAGGACUAAAGCCAUCACGAGUGAUUUCAGAGACAUCUAUGUCUAACCAGCCUGCGGGGAGAUCCUUGCUCCAAGCAGUUGUGUUCGAUGUCAAACCACCCAUCAUGUUUAAUGUAUCCGGUAACCCCUGCAUAAUGCUUUGGGCUCAGAAUCUCAACAUCAGCCUUUCAGGGGCGUGGAUUGACCUCGCUGCAGAAACACCUUCCAUGACAGGAUCCCUGUGCAACGGCAGCAACUCACUGCUUGUCCUCAGUUAUGCUUCAGGCUACACACUAAGUUUUGCCAUGAGUCAGCGGUUCUAUCCUGUGUCUGCACGGAACUGGUUCACCCUGGAUUCUGUGCAGCUGCAGGCAAACGGUCUUACUGCAUCUUUCAUCGGGAGGCGCAACAUCUACGCCCCUGCAGAGUAUUCCUUCCACUGCCAGUCCGUCACCAGCUUCCGAGAUAUUCUGCUAGUGCCAAACAACACCAACCAGAACACCUCUCUGUGGAGGCUCAAUUUUGUCGACUUCCAGAUUCAGGGCUUCGGUUUGGCCAACGGAACCGAUUUCUCCUAUGCCAGUGACUGUGCCGGGUUCUUUACCCCAGGGAUUUGGAUGGGGCUGGUGACCGGACUGCUCCUGCUGUUGAUUUUCGUAUAUGGUCUGCACAUGAUCAUGCAGCUGCACACCAUGGAUCGAUUUGACGACCCCAAAGGUCCAUCGAUUUCAGUGCCUCAGUCGGAGUGAAGCGCUCCCAAAUACAAACACUCCUCAGUCCGUCAGUGCCUCCCAGGAAAGUCCUUCCUUGUCAUGUAGCUUCUGUGAGCUUGGGCCUUUUUCUUCGAAGAUAUUUAUCUGACAGAAGGACCUUUCCUCCAAUGUUCUCUUCUUUAGUUUUCUUUCCUGACUCGUUCCACAGCUCUCUUUCGGUUACUAUUAUCUUGCAAGGCACAUUCCUCUUCAUCUCUCCGUAUUUGCAAGUGCCAAAGUGGAUGCAACUUUCAUAUGAGUCGAUUUUGAGCAUAUGUGCUAAAUAUGUUUUUGUGCCACAGUUGGCCAGGCACUGGCUAUUUUUCCUAAAAUAAUUAGCAAUAAUUCCUGGAAACGGAGAAUGUCUUGUGUGCCAACAUGAAUGUGAAUGCUGGAUUCUGUAGGACCGUCUCAGUCUCAGGCCCCCCCCAACUCAGCUGUUAUUUAAAGACUACUGGUUAUGAAAGAAGUGCCUGUAUGUAGAGAGUAGAUUGCUUUUUGUGACUGUGUUUUGGAACUGCCUUACAAAAGUAUGCAAAUACUUAACCUUGGAUUACCUCUGCUCUUAUCACUCACAGACAAAUCCAAAUCAAGUGCCACCACUUAAAUCCAAUAUUUUUUGGACGAAUAAUUUAUUUAUAUAAAAAAAAAGGUCAUCCCUUGCUUAAGGUUAAUCAAAACGUGUUAUAACAGUGCCUCAGUUCUGAAUUUGUCAAAUUAUGAAUGUGCCAAUGUACAUUGUCUCUAAUUAAAAAUAAAAAUAUCUAUAA